CCGGUUCCGGCCCCGACCUGGGGGUCCGUGGCCGCGUGGGUCCUUCUCCCUUCCAGCCUCGUCCGCCCGCCCGCGCCGCGUCCCGCAGGUCAGCGCGGGAGCCCAGUUGCUGAGCCAUGCCAGGCCCCAGGCGGCUGGCAGCAAGCGCAACGCCAGCACCCACAUAGUCAUGAACAGCCACAGACACAGGGGCUGCGAGGGACGGCCACUAGGUGGCGGGCUGGGUGCCCUGGGCCGAGAGCCUCUGGACCCCGAGGCCGGCCACCCCCCGCAGCCUCCAAAUGGCCCAGGCAUCCAGCUGGUGGUGGCCAAGAGCGAGCCGGCGCAACCCUCGCCUGGCAGCCCCCGGGGGCAGCCCCAGGACCAGGAAGAGGAAGAAGAUGAGGAAGAAGAUGAGGCGGUCAGACAGAGGGGCUCAGGGAAGCCCCCCAGCGUUGGCCACCGCCUGGGCCACCGGCGGGCGCUCUUUGAGAAGCGGAAGCGCCUCAGUGACUAUGCCCUAAUCUUCGGCAUGUUCGGCAUCGUUGUCAUGGUGACAGAGACGGAGCUGUCCUGGGGGGUCUACACCAAGGAGUCCCUGUACUCAUUUGCACUCAAAUGCCUCAUCAGCCUCUCCACGGUCAUCCUGCUGGGCCUGGUCAUCCUCUACCAUGCCCGAGAGAUCCAGCUGUUCAUGGUGGACAACGGGGCUGACGACUGGCGCAUCGCCAUGACGUGCGAGCGCGUGUUCCUCAUCUCCCUGGAGCUGGCCGUGUGCGCCAUCCACCCGGUGCCUGGCCACUACCGCUUCACGUGGACAGCGCGGCUGGCCUUCACGUACACACCGUCAGCGGCUGAGGCCGACGUGGACGUGCUGCUCUCCGUGCCCAUGUUCCUGCGUCUCUACCUGCUGGGCCGCGUCAUGCUGCUGCACAGCAAGAUCUUCACGGACGCCUCCAGCCGCAGCAUCGGUGCCCUCAACAAGAUCACCUUCAACACGCGCUUCGUCAUGAAGACGCUCAUGACCAUCUGCCCGGGCACUGUGCUCCUUGUCUUCAGCAUCUCCUCCUGGGUCAUUGCUGCCUGGACCGUGCGGGUCUGCGAGAGGUACCACGACAAGCAGGAAGUGACCAGCAACUUCCUGGGGGCCAUGUGGCUCAUCUCCAUCACCUUCCUGUCCAUCGGCUACGGUGACAUGGUGCCCCACACCUACUGCGGGAAGGGCGUGUGCCUGCUCACCGGCAUCAUGGGGGCUGGCUGCACGGCCCUCGUGGUGGCUGUGGUGGCCCGGAAGCUGGAGCUCACCAAGGCAGAGAAACACGUGCACAACUUCAUGAUGGACACUCAGCUCACCAAGCGGGUGAAAAACGCCGCUGCUAAUGUUCUCAGGGAGACGUGGCUCAUCUACAAACACACCAGGCUGGUGAAAAAGCCAGACCAGGCCCGGGUUCGGAAACACCAGCGUAAGUUCCUCCAAGCCAUCCAUCAGCUCCGGAGUGUGAAGAUUGAGCAAGGGAAGCUGAAUGACCAGACCAACACACUCGCAGACCUGGCCAAGACCCAGAAUGUCAUGUACGACCUCAUGUCCGAGCUGCACGCCCAGCACGAGGAGCUUGAGGCCCGCCUGGCUGCCCUUGAAAGCCGCCUGGAUGCGUUGGGCACCUCCCUGCAGGCCCUGCCUGGCCUCAUCGCCCAAGCCAUACACCCACCCCCACCCGCCCUGCCUCCCUGGCCUGGCUCUGGUCCCCUAGACCAGGUGGCUCGGAGUCCCCCACACUGGUGGCCACCCGUGGCCCCUUCAGACUGCGGGUGACAGCCCUGCCUGCCACCGGACCCCUCAAUUUUGGCCAUCGUGUGGCCGCCACUUCCACGCCAUCCAAGAAGCCCUGUACAGUGGCGCCUCUUGGAGUUCAAGGAGCCGAAGCUGAGUUGGGCUGAGUGGACUGGGGCCCGAACCACUGCACCCCACCCAGACUGUUCGGGCAGAGAGUAGGGCCAGACGGCAGGCGAGGGCAGGUCUGCUUCCUCCCUGAUGGGAGCUGGGGGAGCUUGGAGCUUCCUCUGGUCCCCUGAUUCCCGCGGUACGCCCCUCCCUGGCCCUCGGCUCUCUCCAGGCCCCGGGUGGGUGUGGGGCAGCCAGGAGAGGGGUCCUUGCCAGUUCCAAAUAAAG